AUGGCAUACUCCCGAAGUCGUUUCCUCGCCGAUCUCACCCUGGGGUUCGCGGAUGGCCUCACCGUUCCCUUUGCCCUCACAGCGGGAGUAUCUUCUCUCGGCAAGACGGAGAUAGUGGUCUAUGCCGGACUUGCGGAAGUCUGUGCAGGGUGCCUCAGCAUGGGCGUCGGAGGGUACCUCGCCUCGAGAGGAGAGGUCCUCGAUGUCAAGGACAAACUGGCCCAAUACGCCGAGCUUGCCCAAGAGGAUGCGUCGAGCCGGAGCACAGAUGCGGACAGUGCUAUCGAGGAUCUUGAGAAAGGCCUCCUCUCAGACGACGAGGAUGUUGACAUUUCAGGCUUAGAGAAGGCUGCCAACGACAAUGUCACGUUGGAAAUCUCCCGGAGAGCACUCCUGGAGUAUCUCGCUCCAUUAAAACUCCCUGGACCUAUACAGGACGCCGUCGAGGCUCAUGUGCUGGGUCAACCCUUUACACUUUCAGCCCUGGCCUUGCCGGGGAUAGACGAGGUCGAUCAGUAUCCCUGGUCACCUGUCUUGACUGGCUUGUCAAUCGCACUCGGGACUUCAUACGCCCCGAGGCCCCAGGCAAAGGAACGAAGCGGGCAGGAGAUACAAAUUGCACGCGCCAGCAGGAGGGUUCGGGUGGACAUUUUUGGUCUCGAAAGAGCAGUAACCCCGGAAUCUCGGGAUUAG